CCGCACAGUGCUACGUCCAAUCCACCCCACCGCGCCCCAAAAGAGGAAGGAGAAGGAGCUUAAAGCCGCGAAAAGGGAGGAAAAGAGGAGAGCCAGGAGGAUCCAAGAACCCUCGCUCGUGAUGCCCCCUACUUUUCACUCUUAAAAGCUCUAAGUGAUGGAGGGGAGCCAGGCGGGAGAGACAAUAAGUGAUAUUCACAACUACCUGGACACCUUCAAUAAAGAAAUACAAACCGGUGACCAGGCAACCUCAGGUGAUGUAGCUCAGGUUUUCGUUGAUGAAUCAGGCCAGUACUUCUAUCAGAAUGUUGACGGCAGCCAGCAACAGAUGGUGGUGGUGUCCUCUGAGGGCGCAGAUGGUUCAGAAGGAGACGUUGGGGCCGGAGGGGCAGAUGGCUCUGUUAUGCUUCAUACAGAGGAAGACUCGCUGCAUGAGGAUGGCGACAGCUUAUCCCAGAGUCAGGUGGCCCUUGGGGAGGAUGGUACCCUACAGGUAAUAUCCGGGAUGGAUCAGAGUGAAACGAGCAACCAGGUUGUACUUAAUACAGGUGACAACAAUCAGAUUGUUACAAUUGUCCCAUCCAGCACAAAUCCUGGAGAAGUCAGUUAUGUUCUCAUUGUGGAACAAUCUGGAGAAAAUGACAAAGACGACACUGUAUAUGAUUUCAAUGAAGCUGAUGAAGGUCUUAGUUAUGAAUCCGGUGAGGAGGACGAUAAAAAGAUGAUGCGGAUAAUACACAAAAAGUCUCAAACUGUUACUCAGGCCCAUAUGUGCAACUAUUGUAAUUAUACCAGCCCAAAGAGAUAUCUCCUAUCACGACACAUGAAAUCACACAGCGAAGAGAGGCCACACAAGUGUUCUGUUUGUGAAAGAGGAUUUAAAACCUUAGCCUCUCUACAGAACCAUGUAAAUACACACACAGGCAUUAAACCCCACCGUUGCAAAUUUUGUGAAAGCACGUUCACCACCUCAGGUGAGCUUGUGCGGCAUGUGCGAUACAUUCACACCCAUGAGAAACCCCACAAAUGCCCGGACUGCGAUUAUGCAAGUGUAGAGUUGAGCAAACUAAAACGGCACAUGAGAUGCCACACAGGAGAACGGCCAUAUCAAUGUCCACACUGCACAUACGCUAGUCCUGACACUUUCAAACUCAAGCGCCACUUGCGCAUUCACACUGGAGAGAAGCCCUAUGAGUGUGAAAUCUGCCAUGCGAGGUUUACGCAAUCCAAUUCAUUGAAGGCGCAUAAAUUGAUACACACAGAUGUUGCAUCAGGGAACAAGCCGGUAUAUGCGUGUGAGCUAUGUCCAACGACGUGUGGGCGCAAGACAGAUCUCCGGAUUCACGUUCAAAAGCUGCACACCUCCGACAAACCAUUAAAGUGCAAGAAAUGUGGGAAAGCUUUUCCUGACAGAUAUACUUUCAAGCAACAUAACAAAUCCCAUGAGGGAGAGAAAUGCUUCAAAUGUGACCUGUGCCCAUAUGCCUCGACCUCGGCAAAACACUUGGAAUCUCACAUGCUGGUUCACACCGAGCAGAAACCUUAUCAGUGCGAUCAGUGUGACCAGGCUUUCCGACAGAAGCAGCUGUUAAAGCGGCAUCAGAACCUCUACCACAACCCAGCGUAUAUCCCCCCCAUGCCCAGAGAAAAAACUCAAGAAUGCCCCGAGUGUGGGAAGGCAUUUAGACACAAAGGUAACUUGAUUCGGCACAUGGCAAUUCACGAUCCAGAUGCCUCUGCGCAAGAGAAAGCUCAAGCCCUCAAAAUAGGAAGACAAAAAAGAUUGCAGCUCAUUAAUGGACAGCAGGUGGAGGUUUACACAGGAGAAGUUGACGAGGAUGAAAUUAUGGCUGUAGAAGGACAGGAUGGAAACCAGUAUGUGGUUCUAGAAGUCAUUCAGCUACAGGAUGGAGAAGGGCAUGUGAUGAUGUCAGAUGGAAUCCCAGUGACAGACAGUUCCCUCGAUGGAGCAGGAGUUGCUAGUGUUUUAGGCUCUUCGCCUUUAAUGGUUCCUGAGACAAUUACUGGAGACACUAUAGGCCCUAUUGAUGGGACCUGUUUAGUUUCAGAUCCUUCCCUUCUUGAACUCCAGCAGAAGAAAUCUGAACUGAAAACUGAAAUCAGUGCAGAAGCCAAAAAGGAAGCUCAGAAGGAGAUGGAGACUUGCUUUGGCUUUGAUGAUGAAGAUGAAGGACAAAUUCAUUUGGAAUUUGAUGAAUGAAGUGAACUACAAAUCAUUAGAAAUCAAUAAUAUUUUGAUUUUUUGUAUAGAGAUGAUCAAUUUUUUUUUCUGAAAUGUGAGUUUCUAAGUUUAGAACAUUUGUGCUGUGAUUAUUAAUUUUUUUUUUUGGUAAAUAUACUUAAGUGUUAUCUGUUGACAUGACACAAGCAGAACACUUGUCUGCUUCAGCUCUAGACAUGAUUACUGCCUUUAGCAUGGAAAUUUAGUAGCUAUCCUGGAGCUGCAUAUCUAGUGAUCUUCCCAGGGUAGCUCGUCUCUCCAACUACCCAAAGCUGGGUCCGGAUUCACCAGAAAUACCAGCACCUUUACAACAGACCAUUUUGUGUUGUUUACAAACAUUGUUUACCGAGCCACUUACCAGACCACAAGGCACUAGUGGGACUUGAUCUCAUAUCAUCGUUUUCAUUCCGUUGCCGAUGUCUCACACAGAGUAAACAGACUCACAUCUCAAGCGUCAGGUUUGAUAAAAGGAAAAAGACUGUGAAUGCAUGUAUAAUUUUCUAGUCUCAUUAAUUUAUAUAUAUAUAUUUUCUUUAUAUUUUUUUCAUAAAAAUGAAUUGGUGUUUUCCUUUAUUUUAAUAUCCAUUUCUCAGUCUAUGAGAUGUAAAAGUAUACUUGUAAGCUACUGAAGUUAUAUAAUUUAUGAAGUAUUAUAUAAUAAAUAUCUAAACAAGUGUCUUUCCUCUAUUGGCUGCUAUGAAUGUCUUUAAAAUGAUAUGUAAUGAAUUGAGAGAAAGGAUCAGAGUGCAUUUAUGAGAAGUGAUUCAAGGAACAAAAGACCGGACAGAAGAACCUUUGUCUUUUCUCAGAGUUGAAACCAAAGAGAACAUCAGGCUCCUGUACAUGAUCCCUAGUGUGCAAUAAUGAUCUAUCAUGGGACAUUCUCCUGCCAAUAAAGAUGAAUAUAUCUGCUACAAAAGAAAAAGAAAAGAAAAAAAAAAAAGGAAAUAAGAAAGUAUAGCCAAAUACUUAAAUUCACAAUUGUAAGAGUAGUACUAUUUACCAAGCCCUUCAAAAUACCUCAGAAGUGAAUACUGAUUUUAGCACGAUCCUGAAUGAUGCAACAACUCUAAUUUGUUCACAUGGACAAUAGUGUUCUGUUUCCCUAAUUAUAUUGUGUGAGGUAAUACAUUUAACAGCUACUUUAAUCCUCAUGUCAGGAAAAAGCAAUUUUGAAAACACUGGUGAACUUGACAUUGAGCCUGUAGAAAUGCAGAAGUGCAUUGAGGAUGGUAAACUUUACCAUGAUGCUGCCAGAAACCUAGAAGGGGUAGUGCAUUGGUAAGUGCUUGGUAGACAUGAUAACAAGAUUUAAAAGACUGUAAAUGAAAAUGCAAGUAUCAAGCAGACUGCUGGAAAGUAUUGAUGAAUCUGGCUCCCGCAUGAUAAGUCAUGAUGUAGUCGUAUUCUUACCAUUCCCUUGUAGCGUGCAUCAUAUAGGAAACCAAAAAUUAUGCUUCAGCGACUUAAUGGGUUUGCCUCUGUGAGGCGUUUCUACUGUGUUAAAAAGGAAUUGUAGGCUCUGUGUGCCAUGUGUGGUUUGCCAGAGUCCCAGUGACAGUUUCGCUUAGGCUCAGGGCCUGCACAUCUUACCACCGUUGUUGUUUCAUUUGUAAAUAAUUAAGAUAUUUAAUUAAAUAAGGUAUUUCUUUCACCUAAUAUAUUGACAAAGUACAAUACUGUGAUAUGUAAAUGGUGAAGAUGUAAAAUCUGUGAGUGGAAAUAUAUCCAAACAGUACCCAUUUUAGAAUGUAUUCAAGUUGCUGUUGCAGUUGGGAUUCUCAUUUUUCUAAAUCAUCAGAAUAAAGCUUACAAAGUG